AUGAGACUUCCAUACGUCUCCAACCCCCCGCCAGCAUGCUCUCCCGAAGAAGCAGACAUCGUAAAGCGUAUUGAGGCUCGCCGCGCUCCUCGGCCUCUGCAACCCCUCGAUCUCGCUCUUCUGCACUCCCCUCCUUUGGCCGAUGGCUGGAAUUCCUUCCUCGGUGCCGUGAGGACAAAGACGUCUCUGGGCGCUGACCUCAGAGAACUUGCCAUUUCUCGCGUAGCAGUCUGCAACAGGGCUUGGUAUGAGUGGAAGCACCAUGCGCCGUUGGCGGCAGAGGCGGGGGUCAGCAAGGAGGCUCUCGAGGUGGUCAAGAGAGACGGGGAGUUUCGACAGUCGGAGAAGCCUGCGGAGCUAAGCGAGAAGCAGUGGGCCGUGCUGGUCUACGCAGAUGAGAUGACGAGAAACGUCCAGGUCGGGGAUGAGACGUUCCGGCAACUCAAAUCCUUGUUUAGCGAUAAAGAAGUGGUUGAAAUCACUGGAACUGUCGCCGCUUAUAACUGCGUAAGCCGGUUUUUGGUGGCUCUUGACGUUGGCGAGAGUAACGGUACUGGACCAGACGAUGUUGCGACUCAUUAA